GCCAUUGGCCAUAACAAUAUCAACUCAUUUCCUUCAUUUCUGAUCAUAACUAAUUAUUGUCUGUCAGUUGGCAGCAAUGUUAUUUUGACGCAAUAUGUACUUUUGAUCCAUGAUGAAUUUGUUCUAAGCCCAAUUAAUCGCAAUAAAACUAUAUUUACACUAAUUAAAUUUGCGCAGCAAACUUAAAAGUGUGUUCUACGUCGUGUGUCCAUCAUUUUGGGAUCAAAAACACGCAGUUUGCGUGUUGGAACUGAGCAAAAAUGACGAUUGAAGGUAACAAGGACGAGGCUGACAAGUGCAUAGAGAUAGCUCAAAAUGCUUUUUCUAGUGGAAAUGUUGAGAAAGCUGAGAAGUUUUUGCUGAAGGCCGAGCGUUUGUACCCUACGCCUCGCGCUAAGGAGCUUUUGACGAGGGUGAGAGCUGCCGCGGCUUCUGGAAAUGUACCAAAGAGGACACCACCUAGCAGUCCAGGGCCCGAGGAGGUUCGGAGGAGGAAACCACCAGCUCACCAGCCUCCGCAGAGGGAAUACACCUCGGAUCAGCUCGACGCAGUGCGCAGGGUCAACACCAAGUGCAAAGACUAUUAUGAAAUCUUGGGGGUAACCAAAGAAGCAACGGACUCGGACAUCAAGAAGGCAUACAAGAAGUUGGCGCUGCAGCUCCAUCCGGAUAAGAACCAUGCGCCUGGAGCUGCCGAGGCAUUCAAGGCCAUAGGCAACGCAGCGGCCAUCCUAACAGACGCAGAGAAGCGCAAACAGUACGACGUGCGAGGCGAGGAGCCGACGCACGCGCCGCAACAGCAACAAUACUACGCGCGCGGCUUCGAGUCGGACUUGACCGCGGAGGAGCUUUUCAACAUGUUCUUCGGCGCUACUGCCUUCCCCGGCGGCGGCCCGACAGUCUACACGCGCCGCCGCGCUCGCGAGCCGGAACCUCGUGAGGCCCACGCCGGCAUCGUCCAGCUGCUGCCAGUCUUAGUUCUGGUGCUACUGUCGAUGAUGUCUGGGUUCUUCAUCUCCGAGCCGGUGUUCAGCCUCACGCCCAGCUCCAAAUACCCGGUGGCGAGGGAGACGGUCAACCUCAAGGUCCCAUACUACGUGAAGGAAAACUUCCACACCGACUACCAAGGCUCGUUGCGGCGGCUCGAGAUGUCUAUAGAGGAAGAAUACAUAGUGGGCCUCCGCCAUGCCUGUCAACGCGAGCGCAACUACCGUGACAGUAUGGCGUGGAAAGCGCGAAACUUCGGCGAUUCCCGCCAAUUCGCGGACGCGCAAAAACUCCGUACGCCUAGCUGUGAGAAACUGCAGUCGUACCAGCGAUAAGGUAGAACUGGGUGGUCUAGUCGCGUCUGUGGUAGCUGGUCGGGUAACGGUAUUUUUGGGAGACAUUACCGGUAAUAACGGUAUUUUGUACCGGUAAUUUAGUGGGUAAUAUCGGUAUUUUAGUGGUCAAUACCGGUAUUUUGUACCGGUAAUUUAGUUUUAAUACCGGUAAUUUCAGUGGUUAAUACCGGUAUUUUGUGCCGGUGAUUAAUAAAUGUUCAUAACGGUUUUUUUGUUACCGGUAUUUACAAGUUAUAAAUGCCGGUUAUUGAUACCGGUAUUUUGUAUCGGUAAACUGAUCAAAUGUGUACCGGAAUUUCAUGACGGUAUUUUAGUACCGAUCAUUUGGUGAAUUUAAUGAUAUCUAAAUUUAAAAUUGGUAUUUUACUGAAUAAAUGUUACCGGUAUUUCAUAAUAUCAGUAUUUUAGUACCAAUUAUACACUAUAAUAGUACCGGUUCUCGCAAUAACCGUUAUUCCGGUACCGGUUUUCAUUAAACAUUCAACACAACGAUAUCUGUAUGAUGUUACUUGAUAUGUAUAAAAUAAUAGUAUUUUGAGCAAAAACGUUAUUAUUAUUGGUGAGAUGUCCAGUAAUUAUGUAAAUUAUACCUCUUUGUGUUGGGUCGCUUGUUAAAGUGUGUUUUGCAAUAUUAUUCACUCUAAAGAUUCACAGCUUGAUAUUGUGCUGUGUACUAUCCUUAAAUAAAUAAAGGACGUCGCACAUUUAUCAGCCCGGAAAGGGUUCGUAACCGUAUCAACUCGAGGCGGUCAGUAUUCUUUGUAUGAAACUCCACACUGCAACGCACACUUAUCCGUGACGUAACGUAAACGCCUCGCCUCGCGAUUGACAGCUCGCGAAAGGCGAUACGAUGUUGAUCCCUUUCCGAGUUGAUAAGUCUGCUAUGACCUUAAGACUCCCUGCAGACUUACAGAUUUUUUAUUGGCCUAUACGCCCGAAUUCACAAACGAUGCUUGCUAGUGAAGCAGCAAAUCGAACGCACAGCGUUGAACAGAGCUCUGUGAUUCGUUCGUGUGUCACCCUGUGAGUCCACGCGCACUGUGAAACCUCAUAGUAAUGUUUGGGAACACGGGCGAUAGUUUGGUCGACUUCGAAUAUGUAUGAAGGAUUGGCCGAUACCAAAUCGGUGUAAUGUGCGUACUUUCAUACAUAAUCAUACUGAAUAACAGCCCGACUAAAAAACUAUCGGCCAACAAAAAGUCUUGUAUGCGGGUAUAGUCUGGUCUGUGAGCACGUAGAAUUUUGUCCAAUGACCCCAAGCUACCCAUCCUUAUCGCUCGCGCGUAAUUAUAUUGCUGUCGCGACUGUGCGACGGGCGCCCGCAGUGAGUGUGCGAGCGCGA